AUGUUUACCUUUUUUUGCCUUUUUUAAUAUUCUUGUCUUUUUUUACAAGUCCUUUUUUUUUGUAUUCUGGAUUUUGAGUUGAAUAUAUGCAAGCCGUCAUCUCCAUUUGAAAGUUGACAUAAUAAUUCUCAUUUUAUAAUAAAUAUAAUUGAGAUGCCUCGAAUAUGUCGUCUUUCAUUCCCUUUUCAUACUAUACAAUUUUAAAAUGCCCAAGACUUCAAUCACUAACGAGAAAAAAAAAAGAGGAACUUAUCAAGACAUACCAGAAAGCAUCAGAAAGUUGAUUAUUCAGCAAGUCGUUGAAGAGGCAAACAUUUCUCAAGCAGAAGCCUGUAGAAGAUACGGCCUGGCCUCUUCGACUUUAAGCAGUAUGUUAGAUAGAUAUUAUCUUGAAGGACGUAUCGAGCUCAAACCAAGAGGAGGUAGAAGAGAAGAGGUCAUCAAGCUUGAUGACCAACACUGCGAUUAUAUCAAGGAGCUUCUUGAUGAUGAUUGCACUCAGACUCUGGAUAUGAUGGCAGAAAGGCUAGUAGCCAAAUUCCCUGACUUGAAAGAGAGGGGAAUUACGACAGCGGCGUAUGGAGAUGCCUUACCGAACGUAUUGGCUUUUCCCUGAAAAGAACAAAAGCUGUAGAGGAGAGAAGAAACACUGCUGCUACUAUUCAGCAAAGAUACGAGUAUGUAGUUGAGAGAAUGCCUG